CACCAGAAAAAUUUGGAACUUCAAUCUACCGGAAUUUACACUCUCGGAUUUCGUAACGUCGUGACCGUCACAAACGGAAUUUGGGAAUGGAAUGUGAAUCAGAAACCUGAAAUCAUUUUGGACUUUGUCUUUUGGAGAAUAAAUGAAUAUUGAUGAGUUUUUGGGGUGAAAACAGUGCACGUGUUUAACACAAGGAAAGAUAUUCGAGUACUAACUGAAGUGUUUGGUGUGGAGAAAGUUUUUGUGACGACAAGUAUGGCCUAAUUUUUCUGGACAAAUUAUGAUGGAAACGCGACUCGGAAAUAUGAGGAGGUUUAAGGAGAAAAUCAUGCAACUUCAAAACAACAAUUGACCGGAAUUUAUACACUAUCGAAGUGCGCAAAUUUCAUAGUUCCGGGAUUGAGAAAGGUGCUCAAGAAAUUGAAAUUAGUAGACUUGAAGAAAAUAAAUGAAUAUUGAUGAAGUUUUGCAUAAAAAAUAACAAAGAUGCACCAGUCGUGAAGUGUUGUGCUGUGCUGUGUUUGGAGAAAGUUUGCGGCUUUGAUCGAAUAUCUUUUAAUUUUCUUGAAAGGACACGACGAACAAAUUAUGAUGGGAAUGGAUCUCUGAAAAUGAAACCAACUUCAUAACUAACGUAUAAAAAACACCUUCAAUAGAACAACAUUUUCGUGCCAUUGACUCUCAAAUGUGAAAAACGAAGAGAAACUUGAGGCUUUGAACUCCUCGAGAAAUAAAUGAAUAUUGAUGAGGUUUUGGGCGAGAAAACGGUGCACGCAUUGUUUAAUAAAAAAUAUUCGAGUGCUUAUUAACUGAAGAUUGUGUGUCGUGAAAGUGGAAUUUAGAAUAUGAGGACAUGCUGGACUACGUAAUUACGAUGGAAAUGGAUCUCUGAAAAAUGCUUUCAGGAGGAGUUUUCACCAGGCAAAUUUGGAACUUUCACCAAACAAUCUAAUGGAAUUUGAAAUCUCAGAUUUCGUAACGUCGUGAACGAAUGUGAGAAACGAAUGUGAAUCAGAAACCUGAAAUCAUUUGGGACUUUGUCUUUUGGAGAAUAAAUGAAUAUUGAUGAGUUUUUGAGGUGAAAACAGUGCACGUGUUUAAAACAAGAAAGAUAUUCGAGUGCUAACUGAAGUGUUUGGUGCAGAGAAAGUUUGUGACUUUGAACGACGAGUAUCCUAAUUUUUCUGGACAAAUUAUGAUGGAAACGCGACUCGGAAAUAUGUAAUUUUGGAACCUCGGGCCAACAAUUAAUUGAACUUUAUACACUCUUGAAGUGCACAAAUUUCAUAAGUUCCGUGACUAACAAAUGUGCUCAGGAAGUUCAAAUCAGUGGAGACUAGAUUUUAAGAAAAUAAAUGAAUAUUGAUGAAGUUCUUCAUAAAGAAAUAGUGCCAGUCUUUAACGAAGAAAGAUAUUCCAGUCGUAACUGAAGUGUCGUGUUGUGUUGUGCUUGGAGAAAGUUUGCGACUUUGAUAUCUUAUAAUUUUUAGUAUAAAGACAUGGGGGACAAAUUAUGAUGGAAAUGGAUCUCUAAAAAAUGAAACCAACUUCAAAACUAAUGUAUAAAACACACCCUGAAUAGAAUAGAAUUUUCUAAAUGUACAGUUUUCGUAGUGUCAUGACGCUCAAAUGUGAAAAACGAAGAGAAACUUGAAAUCACUGGAGACUUUGAACUCCUGGAGAAUUAAAUGAACAUUAAUGAUAUUUUAGGUGAAAGUGGUGAACGCGUAUAUUAAACAAAGAAAAAUAUUCGAGCGCUUAUUAACUGAAUAUUGUGUGUCGUGAAAGUGAAAGGAGUUAUUGAGAAUAAGAAAACGAUAAACUACGUAAUUACGAUGAAAAUGGAUCCCUGAAAACUGUUUUCUGGAGUUUGUCACCACCAAAAUUUAGAACUUUCACCCAACAAUCUACCGGAAGUUACGCUCUCGGAUUUCGUAACGUCGUGACCGUCACGAAUGGAAUGUGAGAAACGAACGUGAAUCAGAAACCUGGAAUCAUUUGGGACUUUGUCUUUUGGAGAAUAAAUGAAUAUUGAUGAGUUUUUGGGGUGAAAACAGUGCACGUGUUUAAAACAAGCAAAGAUAUUCUAGUGCGAACUGAAGUGUUGGGUGUGGAGAAAGUUUUUGUAACUUUGAACGACGAGUAUGGCCUAAUUUUUCUGGACAAAUUAUGAUGGAAACGCGACUCGGAAAUAUGAGACACAUGCUUCCCCAAACUAACAAUGGAGGAAUGGAGGAAUUCGAACCUCGAGAUGAGUCGGGAAUGCUAUAAAUUCAUGGCACAGGAAUUUGCAAUUUAUGGAACGCUUGGGACUUUCACUGAACACGGAGAGAUGUAAAAUACACUCAAGUCUUCACCGUGGUGGAUUCUGAAUUUGAAAUAGAUCACGAAACCAGGCGAAAAAAUAUAUGAAAAAAACUUGAAAAAGCACCAGAGACGAGGGAACAAUGGAUUCCGAGAGGAAAUUGAAGACCGAAACGUUACGUAAGGAAAGACGGGAAAAACCAACCAGAUAUGGAUUAUUCCAGCGUCGUUCGUGAAUUUGAUAGAAUCACAUAACCCAAAAAUUGGAAAGAUCUUCUGAUCCUGGUGUCUGAGUGGGAAUCAUAAUCUACAAAAUUGUUCCAAUACAAUAAGUGAAAGUGGUAAAAGUUUUAAAAAAUGGAAUGAAAUCCAGAAUUUUUAAAAUAAAUUGACUUAUCAAACGCCAGUAGAGAAUUUCGCGAAAAUUAAUUAUUAAUAAAGCCGUAAAAGAUGUAUGGUUGCUUUUUCACAAGAAUUACAAUUGCCUCAACCUAAAAAUUUCUUACAAUUUUGAAAACUAUGAAAUGCUCCCGAUAAAUCAUGAGGACUUUAAUCACAUCAAAUUUUGUGAUCAUAAGAAGUAAGCUUUAACACCAUGUGACUUUUUUUAACGAAAAAAAAAUUCGUAAAAUUUUGAAAACUAUGAAAUUCUCCUUAUAAAUAAAUCAACCCAGUUAAAUGAGGACUUUACUCACGUCGAGUUUCGUGGUCGUGUGGCUGACCACGUGUCCAUACGCGAGCCACUCGCCACACCCGCCCCUUGAUCCACUGGAAGGUCCCCAUUUGCACGGGAGGAACAAUGAAACGGUCGGAUUUAUGGGGGACACGUCCCGAUUUGGUCGAGGGGGAGGAACGUCAGCGUCAUCUUCGUCACCCUGGACUUUCUCCUCGACCGCGGCCAGAUCGCGGAUCGUGGAGACGAAGUAUGGGCGCGUGCAGGGGCUUUCAGUCACCCUGUUUUCAAACCUGCAUUACUCCGGGAAUCGGAAUUUCCCCCUGAAAAAUAAAAUUGUGGAGAUCUACAUGUCCAUACCGUACGCCGCUCCGCCGAUAAAAUCUCAUCGAUUUAGCCCCACACAAACGCCGGUGCCGUGGAACGAUGUCAAAGCGACGAUUCAACCAUCACCCGUUUGUCCCCAGAUCUUCCCGGAUAUCCGGAACGAAUCCGCGGCACUCAGAGAAAUGCCCAAGGGGUACUUGGAGUACCUCCGGAGAGUUGAACCCUACCUCCGCAACCAAUCCGAAGACUGUCUCUACCUUAACAUCUUCUCCCCAAUUGGUCCGGACGCGAAGCUGAAGCCCGUGCUGGUGUACAUUCACGGGGGUAUGUUUGCCUGGGGGAGUGGAAAUCUGGUGGACGGGACCGUCAUGGCGGCAUAUUCUGACGUUGUCUUUGUCUCGAUUAACUACCGCCUCAGCAUUUUAGGCUUUUUAAAUUUGAACGACUCUCCAUCCUCGAAACCUCGUGUGGCCAACUACGGCCUGAUGGAUCAGAUCGCUGCUCUUCACUGGAUAAAGGAAAAUAUCCGAAAUUUCGGCGGAGAUCCGGAUUCCGUAACGCUAAUGGGCUACGAGGCGGGAGCAGCUUGUAUAAAUUUCCUUAUGUCUUCACCCACCGUCACGCCGGGAUUAUUUCACCGCUCAAUCUUAAUCGCUGGGUCGUCUCAUUCGCCCUGGGCGUUGAUACAGGAACCUUACUUGGCCGGUCAGAGUGUCGCUGCGGCGUUGAAUUGCUCAGUAAAUAAUAAUUCGUCGCUGCUCGGUGGAGAUCAUAAUUUGGGAAUUGUGCCGACCACCACGACGACUGCAAGUCCCCACAGCCACGCGUCCGACCCUGUCCUGGAAUGUUUGAAGACGAAACAUUUUUCAGAAUUUAGCAAAUUUUCGUUACCGAAAUUCUCCGUGGAUUUUGGACCGAGUGUGGAUGGGAUCGUGAUAAAGCCAAAUUUUAGGCUCAACAGCCCCCCGCCCAUGGGGAAGAGGGAAGUCGGGAAGAAGUACGACAUCCUUGUGGGUUUAUCAUCACUGGAAAAGUUGACCGAGUUUAGUGAGAUGGAUCUCGAAUUUGGCUUCGAGUCCCAUCGUCGUGACGCAAUCUUGAGAACCCUCGUCCGCAACUCGUAUCGCUACCAUAGGAACGAAAUUCUGGCCACUAUCACUAAUGAGUACAUUGACUGGGAGAGAACGGCGCAACACCCGAUAAGCACGCGGGACAUGGCUGUAAACGCGGUCACGGAUUGUGUCGCCCUCGCUCCUGUCGUCGCCGUUACGGACUCGAGUUUGGUGAAAAAGGCAUUUUUCUAUGUUUUCGAACACUCGACGAAAGACGGUUUGUACAAUUAUCAUCGAGCUGGUGCCGGUGGUGGGGAAGAAUUGAAUUACAUAUUUGGCAACCCCCUGAUUGAAUUUGCCACUGGGGGAGUGCUCCCCUUCCUCCCGAGCCCACUGCCAUCCAACUAUUCAAAAGGGGAAGUCGCCUUAUCCGAGCUUUGGAUGAGUUUCAUAUCAAACUUUGGACGCACUGGGAAUCCCAACGGGCCAAUAAAAAUUGACUCGAUCUCAUCAUGGCCAGUUUCAAAGGAGAGGAAUCGUUACAAAAAUACGGUUUGGGAAUUGUAUGACCGACUUCAUCAAAAAUAUUUGGAAAUUGGAGCGAAUAAAAUACGUACCCGGAGUCAUUACAGGGCACAUCAGAUGGCCAUUUGGCUCAGAUUGGUGCCCGAAUUGCAACGGAGCGGGGCUCAGAUGGCUUCCAGCUUCCAUAACAAGAUGAAAGGAGGAAACGACCCCGUUCUCUACAUGGGAAGGUUGAAACAGCCGGAGGAGGACGGAGAACAAGAACCACCCGGGCAGGACGUGGGUGUUGUUGGCGGGGGACUAAAUUCUGCCAUGUUGUACGACCUCCUGCUAGGAUACGGGUACGGGGUGGAGGGCGGGGUAUCCCCCGGGGUGGAUGGGGUAACUUUAUUGGGUGGUGAAGAUGGGCAAAGUGAAACUGGAAUUGAGACAGACUUAGGAGGCGCUAAGGGCGGGAAAAGUCCCACCUUAACUCUGACCACGUGCUAUUCUCCCGUCUCAUCAUCCGUGCAGAGUGGCGGGAGGGGGACAAAUGAGACUGGAACGGCGACAAAUUUCUUCGAUGGGUCAAAUUUCCCACCAUACUCGGUCAUUUUGGCGAUUACGAUUGCAGUCGGUUGUUCCCUCCUCAUCCUAAACAUCUUAAUCUUUGCCCUCGUAAUUUGUCAACGUGGUCGGAGAAGAAGAAAAUCUCGCCUCUUGUUAAAGUCCAGUUCCAACCUGGGCGUCGCUUCGUCCGCGUCGACGACCCGGGACGAGGGCGAAAAUCGUGGCGACGAUGAAAAUGACUCCCACCAUUUACGCCAUGGUUCCACCUCGACCAAGUUUUCGUACUCUGAGCCGCCCGAAUUGCUCAAAUCUAACAGAACGACGGCCAGCUCGUUCCUCCAAAAUUCGCAAAGUUCCCACUUGCAAGCGGAAAUUGAAGCAUUGGAAGUUUUGGAACUCACGGUGAAACAACAUCAUCAAGAAUUAUUGGGGGAGAAGGCACUUUUAACGAUGGAUAACCUCGCCUCCCAUGAGACCACCCACCCUGCCAAUUACACGACCCACACCCUCCCUCGAAACUACUUUCAUCACCAACACCAACAGACGUCGUCGCCCAGCGUGGCGUCAAGUCAGCUUUCCUCCACCUCGUCGACCACGGUCAUGUCGACGACGGCCAUGACGCCACUCGCGAUAGCAACCUUGCCCCGGUGCAAUGGUGGACUAACCUCAUUUCUGGGUGGUGGCGGUGGUUCCAGUACGUCGUCCAGUGUUACAAAUACUACGAAACCAUAUCCCCCGCCGAGAGGGGGGUGUAGUGCGACGCCCAGUGGCGGAGGAACGCUCCGCCGCGGGGUUCGAAUCGAUUACAGUGAUACGUACAAUAGUGACUCGAACAAUGAGAAUGAAGCAGAACUUAAAGUUUGACAAGAACCAGGAAGAAAGUUUGUAGUUGUGAAAGUUUUGGAAAAAAUUUCCCGAAAAGUUCUUUAUCACUGCUCAGAAAAAAUACGUAAUUUAUUUCGUACUAGAAAAAUGUUUGUAUAAUGGAUAAGAAGAUUUUGUCACUCGAUAAAUAUGUACAUGUGUAAUUCUGAAAUUAUUGUUGGAUAAGAUAAUACAUAGUUUCGUAAAUUAAUUCGUAAAUUAAUCUAAUUUUGCGUUGUAUUUGGGUAGAGAUUAAAAUUGAAUAAAUUAAGGAGACACACACCUUCAUCUUUUUAA